GGUUUUUUCGAUAAGUAUACUUUGAAAAAUAUUGUUUACAUUGAUUCAAUGUUUUCAGCAAGUGAAUACUUUCCCGAAAAUACGGGUAUGAAUACCACCUUAUCAACUAUCCAGCUUCCUCGUCCAAUCCUACCUGUGACAGUUCCUCAAUGCAAAUCUCUGAAUAAUCUGGUGCCAGAGCUUAAAGUGGAAAUCAUUCUCCACUUGAGAAAUCCUACGUCUCUUGCUAAGUGUUCGCGCGAAUGGAACAAUAUCGUGAAUUUACCUUCUACGAAAUCCAAGUGGUUGAUCGGCAGACACGGAAGAACCCAUGCAUUGUUUCAUGCAGUAAGAAUGGGAGAACCUUUUAUUAAUCUUGAUAUGGUCGAAUGUCUAUUUGCGCAGAAGGCACACAUCAGUCGAUACUUUAUCCAAAGAUUGGUGCUCGAAUUUGGCAAGUAUGACAGCAGGCUUAUUGACCUCAAAUUGACCCAUAACAUGGAUACUCUUGAUCCAGAUCGAAAAAAAUCUAUUCAAAAUAAAAUUCGAAGUCCCUGGGCAAGCAAUCUUUCCUUUGAUGUUUUCUCCCGAAUUCUCAAAGAGGGUCAUGAUCGGUUUGACGGGAAUGAUAUUCCUGUCAGAGGAAAUGACAUGGAGUCCUUUUAUUACUUAUCGGCUGGUCCAUUGGUUAUUAGUCAAGCGAGAACCAAAUUGAAGGAAAACAAAAAGGAGAUCAAAACGCUGAUACGUCGAUACAAGUUUGCCCCUUUCCCCCCGAGACUGAAAAUCCGAAAACAUAUUCUCGAGAAGAAAGAUGACGGGAAUAUUGGACUGAAGCCACAUUCCGAUACAUAUUCAGAGUCACGUGCUGUUAAUUUUGACGACUAUCCACCAUCUGAUGGGUAUGAGAACGUGAGACAAUUAACCGUAAUUGCACGCGCUAUACUCAUAUACCCCAAAUUUGUUAAUAUCUGGAAGAAAAACGGGUAUCAUGGGAUCGUCAACGAUGUGAACGACCUGGUCAUGCGAGGAUCGUUACUUAUCCUUUACCCCCCAAGUCCUUCCGAAGAUUGGGUUAAACCAGGCUUAGCUCAAGUCGUUGAUGAACUAAAAGAUCUAAUGUUGCUUGGAUUCGAACUGACGGAUGCCUUGAUUGGAGACGCUUUAAUCUUAUUUGAGCAUAGAUUAAAGGAUAUAGGAGAAAUACUGAUUGAUGCGUUUGCCGUCGUUCGCGAUCUGCCUGAAAGGGAAAUUGUCUUGAUCUGUUUGACUGAGCUGUUGAACCCUGACAGAAAUCUCAAGCGGCAUGAUCUGCUCGAUUUUAUAGUCAACAAAAUUGAGAAACCUGAAGAGGAAAUUUUAUCCGUUUUUAAGAAAUACGAAAUUGUCCAUUCUGUAAAAAUUUAUUGUGAAGCUCUUACUAAAUUUAGUACCGGUAAUACGGAUAUCAAGGGUCUGUCUGUUUUCCAACCAUUUACAUAUCUGAAAUACUCGCCAUUAGUAUAUCGAUAUACCGUAGUCAAAUUUGGCGCUCAGUCGAAAGUGGCUAAACAUCUGAUGAAAGAAGUAACGUCUGUUAGAAUUGCAAUCACCCUAAUGACUGAGAUUCCAUCUCAACAAGUGCCAUCGGAUCUCACGAUUUUGCGCUGGCCAGAUUCAAUUACUAUUUUCAAUGAAUAUUACAAAGCGAGAGUUCCUUUAAAGGCAAAAUUUUUGCCUUUAUUCGAAAAAUGUCAAAGCGAUUCCGUAAUGAAAUGUUUGUUUGAUGGUUACCUAGCAAAGUUGUUUGGAUUUAAAGUCGAUCAGCCACCAAGAACGGUUUGCUUUCCAGUUUUGAGUUCAGUCGAUCCAGUUGUGCAAAGGACUUCUAAAAAGCGAAAGGCUAAUACCGAGGCAAAGAAAGAGAAACAAAAAAAAUGGCUUGAACAGGCGGACAAGCUGAACGAAGAAAUUGUAAACGAGAAAUUUAAAGAACCUCUACAAAAAUUUAUGCAACGUAUUAGCAAGUCCGCACAAGAAGAAGAGGAUGCUGGUAGCACACAGUCAAAGCGUGUUGAGAGUUGCGGGAACGUAGGUCAGAACUCCGUUAAAACGGUCUAA